CAUUUUGGCCCAGCGUUAGCGUGGAUUAUGACCAUCCCAGGGGCAAUGGGAUGCAUCGCAUUUUUGGUUGGUCCGUGGUACCGUCAUGGACAUCGUCAAUUACUAUGCAGAUUUGGGCAUCGAAGAUGAUCAUGCUGAUGAGGCGACGAUUAAGAAAGCAUACCGGAAACUCGUGCUGAAAUGGCAUCCCGACAAGCAUCCCGAGAAUCGUGAUGAAGCAGAGACCCAAAUCCGAAAAAUCAACAAUGCCUAUGAGGUCUUGAGCAAUCCCACCAAGCGCUCCACAUAUGACGACCAAAGGAGGGCGGUGAAGAGAAAGAAGCAAGGAUUCGGACCACCACCUCCCAGUGGAGCUCCGCGAAUGCGCAUUCCAAAGGAGUUCAUGAUGAUGCCAAUAGGCUUUCCGGACCGCUUUGUCCGGUACAGUGGCCGAAGACUUUUUGUCCAUAGCAGGAAAGACGACCCCGAUGUCGAAUUCAAGGCUUUCUUCGAGGACACCAAAUGGUCAUUGUGGUGGCUACCCGAAGUCAACAAUAUGUGCAGGGUUCGAGCUCUUGGGUCAAGAGCUGCAGGUGAAAAGAUGGGGGUGGCUGCAGGACUUUGUGGAGGGUUGAAUCUGUCCUUCUUCAUUGAUCCAGCUAGCCCCACUGACUCAGAGGUUGGCUUGGAAGAUGCACGGAAAGGAGAAAAGGUUGACAAGGUGAAUUUCAUUGCAGUUACCAGCCCGGCCUACGAGGGUGCUUUUCGAUUUGAAGCAGCCUACCGAAAAGGCUUCUACCUCAUCUUUUUUCCUCCGAAUCAUCUCCGCGUGGCACCAUAUGGCGAGGAAGAUGACCGGGGCAUUGCUGAUUUUACCUUGGUUGAUUUCGGUGUCAUGUUCAAGUUCAUCGAGAUGGAAGAGGUGCUACAACCUGCGGUUGCAGCUUACCAGGGCUGGGUGAAACUUGAACAGCUGCGAAAAGAUCCAAACAUCGUGCUGUACUUCUCCAACAUCCUUCAGAAGCCAGUGUGGGACAAUGAGGACUUCAUCAUCUACUUCGAAGGGCACUGGGAGACAUGGGAGUUCAACAAAGAGACCCAAUCAGUGCGGCUGCGGACAAAGCAGGAGAAGUUAGCACAGCUGCUGGCCAGUGUCAAAGACAUUGAUGGUGUCUCAGCAGUUGUUGCUGGAGCCAAAGAUGAACUGACCAAGCUUCCCCUUCCAGCUGCAGCUCGAGCAUUGGUGGUGCUCGCUGCAUCAACUCAUGAUGGCGAAGGGUUGGAUGUGACCAAGACCAUCAAUAGAAUUGCAGCUCAAAAGAAAUUGCUUUCCAACCUUCGAAGCAUUUUAUCAACUGCGACUAAUGGGGGCGAAGUGGUCCUGCCACUCCACGAUUUGUUGGACAUGGCCGAUCUUGCUGCUGCUGUGGGCGGUCCCAGUGCGGCGAGCGACCUCGUCCACACUCGUCAGGUAGCGCAACAAGCAGUUGCCGAUGUUGUUUUCCGGCAGCUAGCAGAUGAUAAAUCAAAGGUGGAAGAUGUGCCCUUGCUAGGUCGUGUUCUUCGCCUUCCCAGUGUGGACGAAGUUGAUGCGAAAUUGGCGUCAACGUGCCAGCCGCUUGUUGCAGAUGUUGGCUUGGAGCAGGCAUUGGAGCUCGUGAAGUCCGCAGGGUCCUCCAGCUGUACUGAGGUGGCCAACACCUUCGCAACCUCUGCUCUCCUCAUGAUGGACACAAAGCAACCAGAGCCAACGACUGAGGAGCAGCUCGAAGUUCUUCGAAUUAUGGCGUGUGCUGGAGCUGCCCUAGAGGAUAUUUCUGGACGGCUUGCCAGUUUGGCCUCAAUGGCAAAGGCAGAGGAUCUUGCAGAAGCGGUUUUAGCUGUUGGUGAACGGGGAUUUAGCUCUGACACAUUGGCGCAGGCCACACAAGUGUUAUCGACAAAGCUGAACGGUGUGCAACUGCAGCCAGCACGCUUGCUGGAUCUAGCAGUAGCAUCCACAAAGAGUUCAAGUCUGACGCCUGCUGUGGGCGCAGUGGCCCGGGCUGUAGCAGCAAACGCUGCAAGCUGGCCUGUCAGUGAUCUUGUUCGGUUGCUUCUUGCGGUGGCAAAGGCCAAGAAGGCUCUGAAUCCAGAGGAUAAGGUUCAACUGUUAACCAAUGCGGCAGUGGCCUUGAAGCCUCAGCUGGGCACAUUGCCAGCCGCAGAUGUGAUCAAGUUGGUGCUUGCUGUUGCUGGCGAUGGGCGCUCUGAUCUAUUGGAGGCGGCAGCAGAAGAAGCUAUAGACCGAAGGAUAUCCGGCUUCCCACCUGCGCAACUCCUUGUUCUUUCUCAAGGCGUUGUAGCUGGCCUGGGGGCAAAGCAUUCCUUGGUGGAACGGCUAGCAGAGUUUUGGGCAGAAACAGUGAAAGAUUGGACAAAGGGUGCUGGAGGCGGUUGGGAUAGUGACGACGAAGUGACAAAGCAAAGGAAAGAACUAGAGAGAAAGUCGCGCCUUUCGGCCGACCAAGUGGUACAACUUGCGAAGGUCACGGCUCCGGCUGGCUCCAAAGUAUUGACGGACGCCAUUGGGGCAAGUCUCAUUGCCCGCGUCAAAGAGCUGACGGAGAGUGGGCGAAAGGCGGUUGAGGCUCAGCUGGAGACUGGGGCGCUGGCAGAGUACUCGCGCAAAGAUCGCUUGAAAAGAGCGGUUGCAGCAGCAGCUGCAAGCCACAGCCGCAGCCGUAGCCGACGGCGGAGCAGAACCACUAGCAGGGACCGAGGGAGGCGGCGGCGAAGCAGAAGUCGUAGCCGCGAUCGAGGGCGAGAUCGUGCUCGCAGAUAAUGCUUAGGGACCUGGACGUUCACCAUCCGCGCUGAAACUAGUCUGUGCCAUUUAUCAAAUCAUCAGUUUAUGGUAGCCCGGCAGACCAUGGUAGCUAAGCUUCAAAGAUGAUGAUUUGGCAAAGGCGAUCAAGUGCGCUG